UGACACUCCCCCGUUCAUGCCGUGCCCCUGUCAGGCCCUGCAAGACCCACAAAGCAACCCACAAGUCCUCAACCACGAGGCAAAGCAGAGAUGCCCCCGGCAGCCUGGAACUCGGGGCCAAGCACCUGAGGGCCACCCGCAUGGAGAACACCGCGGCGCCGCCAGCUGUUGACGUGGACAAGGGCUUCGCCAUGGCUUUUGUGGUGCUCAUGUGCCUCUUCCUCCUGGCCGUGGUGAUGCGGUGUGCCAAGCUUGUCGUGGACCCCUACAGCGCCUUCUCAGCCUCCACCUGGGAAGAGGAGUAGAUCAACCGAGCCGGUGUGCAGCAGAAAUGGAUUCCCAGGAGAUCAAAGAGCUGCAGCAAGAAGUGAUGGAGGAGCUGGGGAUCUCCAUGGAGGAGCUCCAGGACAUCAUCGAUGAGGAGCUGGAGAAGUUUGAAUGCGUAAAGCAGAGGAAGCAGCAGCUGGAGGAGCUGGAGAAGUGUGUGAAACAGAAGGAAGAAGAGGUGGCUCAUGUUGACCGCCUCUUUGAUGAUGCUUCAAGAGCCAUUGAUAAAUGUGAGAUCCUGGUAAAGGAUCUGUACUCCAAGCUAGGCCUCCAGUAUCGCGAGAGCAGUUCUGAGGACGAGGACUUGGCUGCCAAGCCUACAGAAGUGAUUGAGAUCCCAGAUGAGGAUGAUGACGAUGUCAUGAGUAUCGAUUUGGGCUGGAAGAACAGUGAUACUAAUCCCAAAAUUGUAAAGGAUCAGACUCUGCUGCGUGAAGCCAUGGCUGCAAUGAGAAAAUCUGCCCAGGAUGUUCAGAAAUUUAUGGAUGCUGUGAACAAGAAAACAAAUGCCCAGGAUGCACUAAAAGAUGCGCAGACCCCUCAGCAAACCCCUGCUGCUCUCCAGUCUGUUGGACCUGCUGCAGCUGGGAGUGAUCUCAGCAACGAUGGUGAUCUGAACAUUGGCAUGAGGAUCCUGGGCAAGAAGAGAACCAAAACAUGGCACAAAGGAACUCUGAUUGCCAUCCAGUCUGUCGGUGCUGGUAAGAAGUACAAAGUAAAAUUUGACAACAAAGGGAAGAGUUUGCUUUCUGGCAAUCAUAUUGCUUAUGACUAUCAUCCCUCCCCGGAGAAACACUACGUUGGGAGCAGGGUUGUGGCAAAAUACAAAGAUGGGAAUCAGGUCUGGCUGUAUGCUGGCAUUGUGGCUGAAACCCCAAACAUGAAGAAUAAAGACAGGUUCCUGAUCUUCUUUGAUGAUGGCUAUGCUUCAUAUGUCAAGGAGUGGGAGCUGUACCCGAUCUGCAGGCCGCUUAGAAAGACUUGGGAAGACAUAGAAGAUGUUUCUUGUCGUGAUUUCAUUGAGGAGUACAUCACAGCCUACCCCAACCGUCCCAUGGUGCUGCUGAAGAAUGGCCAGCUGAUCAAAACAGAAUGGGAAGGGACCUGGUGGAAAUCCAGAGUGGAAGAAGUGGAUGGCAGCCUGGUCAAAAUCCUGUUCCUGGAUGACAAACGCUGUGAGUGGAUUUACCGGGGUUCCACACGCCUCGAGCCCAUGUUUAGCAUGAAAACUUCCACAGCCUCUACCCAAGAGAAGAAGCAAAGUGGACAAGCAAGAACUCGUCCCAAUGUCGGUGCUGUCCGGAGCAAAGGGCCUGUAGUACAAUACACACAAGAUUUAACCGGAGCCGGUACUCAGUACAAACCUCUAGAGCAAAUGCAGGCAGCCUCGCUGGCUGCACGGUCCUUUUCUCCACAGCCUGCUGAGAUGGAAUGCUCUGACAGUCAGCUGGCCCAGGCGAGAAAGCAAGUGGCCAAGAAAAGUACUUCCUUCCGUCCUGGCUCCGUGGGCUCUGGGCAGUCUUCACCUUCUUCACCUGUUCUAAGUGAUACACCUCCUGCUGGAAGGACCGGUGCAUCCCAGCAACAUCGGUUCUCAAGUGGCCAGGCAGGCGCUGGCACAGCACAGACCUUCCAUGGCAUGAUGGACCGUGUGCCCAAUGAGCCCUCUUACCGAGCCCCGCUGGAGAAACUAUUCUACCUGCCGCACGUCUGCAGCUACACCUGCCUGUCCCGCGUCCGUCCCAUCCGCAGCGAUCAGUACCGCAGCAAGAACCCCCUGCUCAUCCCGCUGCUCUACGACUUCCGACGGAUGACAGCCCGCAGACGGGUUAACCGCAAGAUGGGCUUCCACGUCAUCUACAAGACACCGUGCGGGCUGUGCCUGCGAACCAUGCAGGAAAUUGAGCGCUACCUUUUUGAGACAGACUGUGACUUCCUUUUCCUGGAGAUGUUCUGCUUGGACCCAUACGUGCUGGUAGAUCGCAAGUUCCAGCCCUACAAACCCUACUACUACAUUGCAGACAUUACCAAGGGCAGGGAGGAUGUGCCACUGUCCUGUGUCAAUGAGAUUGAUAACACCCCGCCACCACAGGUGGCCUACAGCAAAGAGCGCAUCCCAGGCAAAGGGGUGUACAUCAACACCAGCUGGGAGUUCCUCGUGGGCUGUGACUGCAAAGACGGCUGCAGAGACAAAUCAAAAUGUGCCUGUCACCAGCUGACAGUCCAAGCAACUGGCUGCACUCCAGGUGGGCAGAUCAACCCCAAUUCAGGGUACCAGCACAAAAGGCUGGAAGAAUGCCUCCCAACAGGGGUUUAUGAGUGUAACAAGAGAUGCAAGUGCAACAUUAACAUGUGCACCAAUCGCUUGGUCCAACAUGGGCUCCAAGUCCGCCUCCAGUUAUUCAAGACUCAGAACAAAGGCUGGGGCAUUCGCUGCCUUGAUGAUAUUGCUAAGGGCUCUUUUGUCUGCAUCUAUGCAGGGAAAAUUCUCACAGAUGACUUUGCUGACAAAGAGGGAUUAGAGAUGGGUGAUGAAUAUUUUGCAAACCUGGAUCACAUUGAGAGCGUGGAGAACUUCAAGGAGGGCUACGAGAGUGACGCAAAAUGCUCAUCUGACAGCAGCGGAGUCGACCUCAAGGAAGAAGAGGAGGAAAACACAGGCACUGAGGAGCAGGAGGAGUCCAAUGAGGACAGCUCUGAUGACAACUUCUGCAAGGAUGAGGACUUCAGCACCAGCUCGGUAUGGCGCAGCUAUGCGACACGACGGCAGACCCGUGGCCAGAAAGAGAACGGGCUGUCGGAGACAGCCUCCAAGGACUCAGGGCUCACCCGGCAAAUCAGCCACGAUGAGAUGGCAGUAGCUGCCUCCUGUAAGCUGCCAGUGUCAGAGGAGACCUCCAAAAACAAAGUAGCCUCGUGGCUAAGCUCCAACAGCAUGUCCGAUGGCUUCCAGGACAACGACAGUGCCUCCUCCUUCAAGAUGAGUGAAGGUGGUGAAGCCAAGGCCUGCAAAACAGAUCUCCCUGUUGAGAGAGAGAAAGCAUCUGCUUCUGCCCUGGGCGACAUGGAUGGAGAGUCAAAGGCACUGAAGAAAGAUGUAAGGAAGGAACCUGAAGAUUCAAGCAAAUUUCCUGGGCUAAGCGACUUGGGUAGGAUGUAUGGCUACAACCCGAGUCCUCCCAAACUAGAAGGAAUCCGGAGGCCGACAAGCAAAACAGCCCUGCUGCAGAGCAGACGACACUCUGUCCCCCUGCAGCCCACCACGGAAGUAAGCGCUGACCCUUCAAGCUUCAGACAUGGGCUACAAGGGGAUGUGCUGACCCUGUCAAGCAGCACAGACAGCGAGGGGGAGAAUGGGCAGACAGCAGCAGGGCAGGCCCAGGGCACCACCAACGACAGCGAUGACAUCCAGACCAUUUCGUCGGGCUCUGAGGAAGAAGAAGGGGAUGACAAGAAAAACCCCUCUGGUUCAGGUCCAGUUAAGAGGCAGGUGGCAGUGAAAUCCACCCGAGGUUUUGCCUUGAAAUCUACUCAUGGGAUUGCCAUCAAGUCAACCAACAUGGCAGUGGCCGACAAGGGUGAGAGCGUCCCUGUCCGCAGAACCACACGCCAGUUCUACGAUGGAGAGGAGUCUUGUUAUAUCAUCGAUGCCAAGCUGGAGGGGAACCUGGGCCGUUACCUGAAUCAUAGCUGCAGCCCAAACCUCUUCGUGCAGAAUGUUUUUGUGGACACACAUGACCUCCGCUUCCCCUGGGUCGCCUUCUUUGCUAGCAAGAGAAUACGAGCUGGCACAGAGCUGACAUGGGACUACAACUAUGAAGUGGGCAGCGUAGAAGGCAAAGAGCUGCUGUGCUGCUGCGGGGCUAUUGAGUGCCGUGGGCGGCUGCUCUGAGCCCACCGGUGCUCCCCAAGUGCUCCGGAUCCCUCUUGACUGCUGGCCUGGUCCUAGCUUUCCCUUUGUGAGGGUAAAGUACUGGGUGGGGUGGUGGUUGUUUACUGGUAACUGUUACAAAGCUGAGUACCACGGCUUUGAGUUCUCCUGUUCACUUGAAAAUUGGAACAUCAGCGGAACACAGACCAGAACCUGGUGUAACGCACCUGGAAUGGCUGCAGUAGGGGGUAACACCCAAGCCAGCUACCUGAUGCUGGGAGCUUUGGCUCUGCUGUGUCCCAUGGGCUACAUUAGCCCUACACCAGCCUGAUUCGUCUCAGCACCACAAGAAAAGGGCAUUUGCUGAGCUGUGAUAUAAGACAUCUGCUGGAGGUCCUUAGCUGUCACACAAGCAGCUGUUGCUGCUCUCUUCUAGCUCUCUACUGAAUUUAAGACAGAAACCUCCGGGCAGCUCCAGCCUAUGCUGAUGGUGCUGCUAGUCAGGUGUUUGCAGCAGGAAAUGCUUCUUAGAGACUCAAGGGAAGCACUUCGUUGGGAUGGGGCUGUUGCUGUCCCUGCAGCCUUGGGACUGGAUUGGGAGGGGAGUGACAAGGGUGAGACUAAGCCGUGUAAGAUUGGACCAGUCUGGGGGUAUAGCAAUGGAAGUGAAUUUGGGUGGAAAACAAACAUCUCAGCUCCUAGCUCUUGUAAAAAAAUGUUUGAUUGUUAAAAAGCAAUAAAGUUUGUUUUUCUACUAAAAGAAA